GAAGUUGUCAGCAGCAUCGCGCUCUGGCCAAUGGUAGGAAAGCUCCAUCUUAGCUCUGCCAUAGGCUGCAUCAAAAAAAGGGACCAGAACAGCGCUCUUUCAGCAUCCUUUCAGACAAGAGCUCCCAAAUCCGCGACAGGGAACGCGCUAAGACAACUCUUCAAGAAUGGCAAGCCUCAACACCACUCACUGGAACGAGACUACAUCCAUUUCCCACUAUCUGGGCUUUCAAGUGCAGAAAAUUUACCCGUUCCAUGAUAACUGGAACACCGCCUGCUUUAUUAUUCUGAUCAUAUUCAUCUUUACUGUGGUUUCGCUGGUGGUGUUGGCUUUCCUCUAUGAACUGCUAGACUGUUGCUGCUGUGUGAAAAAUAAAACUGUGAAAGACUUGGAGAACGAACCCAAUCCUGUCAGAGCAAUGAUGAACAGCUUCAGAAAGCGCGAAACGGAGGUGGUGUAGGAAGGACUGAGCAUCGGCAUCGGAAGAACCUUUAACACCUUGAAUGAAACCUCUUGUACCUUACGAACGAGCAAGUCACAUACUUUUUUUUUCUUUUGGACUUAAAGAUAAUCGCAACAGUUAUCAUUUUAUCUCUGGAUGUGAACUUGAAUAAUUGGGAAAGGCUUUCCGAGUGCUUAGCAGAAGGAUGAUCUGUUGCAAUGUUAUGGGCGAAGAAAAGAUUUUUGGGUUUAAAUGAACUUUUGUUGUUUAUAUUGAGUGACUAGCAUAGAUCUUUGUCUACCUGAAUGAACAACUGUUGCCUAACGUGCAUAAAACCACGUUGCUUAACUGGAGAAAACCUUCAUAAAAAUGCUCAACAAUCUGAUCGUACAUAGCGCAAAGACGCGGCAGUGUCCUCUCACUGAGGUCAACCGCACAGAGGCAGGAAAGACAUACGAGGGGUGAGAAAAAAAGAUACGAGAGAGAAGGGUGGAAUGGCGAGAGAUCCCACGAGACAGGAGAGGCUUGUGCGAAUUCUUGCCUUCGGCACCUCUUCUUAUUACGGGUUCUCGCCUUUUAGAAGAGAGGGCGGUGGGAGGAAAAGUAAGCCAACACGAGAUGUAUUCCUAAAAUGGUCUUUUCUAACCUCCUGUGGUACAAUUUGACCCUUUCUCCCUCCUCUUCUCCGGUUCCAGAGAACUGCUCUCCCCUUACUUCAUAUUCAACCUAUUUAACAACGUCCGGGUGUCGAGAGGUGACUAAAGCACUACCUUAAGAGUAUCUAUUUCCACAAAAGCAUACCGUAGCGGUACUAGGGUCUAGAAGAAACAGGGACAUUUUCCCACCCCGAGGCUGUUGCCUCUUAUGAUAUCCACAACACUACAGAGAACCAGACACACUGGAUAGACCAUCCCUAUCUUAACUUUUCAAAGCCGAACCGGAACUGACCGAGUUCUUGCCAAGGAACACUCGCAGAACUCCCACGCCAAUGACAGUCUUUUUGCCCAGCCUGCCCGCAGCUUUCAGGCGUCGACGUGCUUCGCAAAGGAGGCCACGCCAGGAGAAGCCUUGCGCUAGAGACGGCAGGGUGGACGCACAGCGAGAGGUGACUUCAUUUUGCACAAGAGAACAUCAGCUUGCUUCAUCCGCCUGCCGAUGCACCCCAGAGAGUUCGCACCUUUCUCACAAACUGACCGUGUAACACUCACACCUCUAGCUCACCAGAUUAUUUUUCUUCUGGAGCUGCGUUGUGUCCGUAGUUUUUAGAACCAUAGCAGUUUUAACAGUUACAAAUUAUAACUGUAAUAACGGCAUCCAACAGCGUGGCCACCAGUAGCGGCCGGUAAGUCUUUCACACCCCUGAACCCAUAGAGAAGCAGGCCAAUGAGAAACGUCCCAGACCAAAGCUACAUGUGAGACAUGAUAUUUAACUAUACAAACCCCAAAUUAAUAUUCCUGUCAUUAGGGAAACAAAACCCACCUAGCGGGCCAAACGGACAAGUUAGAGCACUGAUCUCGCAGUGCAUCUGUGUCAGAAAUACCUUUGUGCUAUGGCCAGUAUCUACAAUUACCUUUUUUUCUUUUUUUUUAAAUAUAUAAACUCCCUCUAUCAGGUUCAGUAAGCCUAAGCUCCAGAAGAUCUGGACACAAUGAAAGAUUUGCUAAUUUGACUCGUGCUCCUCCUGGUCGGUGAGACGGAGUCGCAAGAUACCCAGGCCACUACUAACCAGCACAGCCAGUCCAGCGAUUCACCUGGAGAAGCCAUCUCCCUUCUGCAGUCACAAAACGACACAACCGCCGCUGCGACCAUUCAUCUCGGAUACGCUCGUUACGGUGAAGUUUCACCAGUACCAGACCCACGUGCAGAGAAUGCUUUUAGCUACAAAAUCAAACUAUAAGCACAAUUAUUGGAAGCUGAAGCCCCAGGUACAAGAAAACUUGGGAUUCACACCAAGACACGCGACGAAGAUAACGUUAGCGACGAUAAUGCCUUCCGCAGUCAGGGACACCGGGUAGAUGUCUCGUUACCGUCUGCUGUAUUUGACAGCGUCAGCCCCGAAAGACCGGUGUCCUGCUCAAGAGAGGCAAGAGUAGCCAUCGGGACACACCGAAUUAAUUAACAUGCCUCCUUCCUGAAAGCAAACACUCCGAACAGCAAUAGGACAGCUUUCCACUUGCAGCGUUCCUACAAAACGCUCACCGCCGCUGCACACAAGAAGGCAGCGCGCAGGAAGUAACGCAGCUAGCCUCUGCUACGCUGGCUUCGUGCUCUUAUGCCUUCCUGAGAAGCACACGCAAUGAAAAAUCUCGGGACUCAUUCCAGCGACUUAUUUCACAGACCUAUAAGUGGGGCUGGGUGUCUGCAGAAGGAACAGAAGACAAAGAUCUCCCCUUGCACAGCCCUAGAGCCUCAGGACGAUUCUUUCCCACGUGUAGACUAAGUCGUGAAAACAGCUCCUGGAGAUUUCAGCUCUCGAUUACUGGUGGCUAAGACCAUCAGGACAAAGGUCUUAAGAUAAAGACUAAGACCUCAGCCACAACUUACUAUUCAUUAAUAAAAAGAA